UUAAGAUUUGACGGGUGCAACCUCAGCACACCGUGAUUUAAAAAUUCAUUCGUCAAAAUACAUCACUGUCAUUUUUACACAAUUUAUCUCCCUGUCGAUUGCAGCAAACUUUACAAAAAAAAUACAAUUUUGCAGAAAUUGCAAAAAAUGUUAUCACCUAACGUAUCUCAAGCCAUUCCCAUGAAAGAAAUGACUGCUUCAAUUGAAAGCCCCGAUCUUGAUGAUGUGACCACCUACCAAGAAGGUAUUCCUACUGAGGGGAUGCUCACACCCAGUGCUGAAAAACACAUGGCUAAUGACAUCCUCAACGACAUCUUGGAAACAGCCAUGGACAUCGCUGAAGCUGGCGAUAAGAAAAACAAGAUGAAUAUUAUAGAUGAGGAUGAACCCAUUAAUCCCAUAAAGCUGGAAUCUAUCAUUGAUGGUCUGAGCAAAAUUAACGUUGAGCAAGUUAAGACCCCGUCUGCGAUGGACCAACAGAUGAAGCGUAUCCUCACCGAAAUGAUGAGCAUCGACAAUAGUAAGAAUCUUGGAGUGGGGGACAGCCCACCAAUUGACAAGGAGUACCCACCAUCAUUCCUCCAUAGACCUUCGAAAGUAGUUGAGAAAAAGACGCGUCUUACUGAUCUUGUUAUGAAUUCCACCAAGGCUAUUACCAAUAUCUUGAAUGAAGAACAACGGCGUAAACAAGAUGAAUGGGAGGAAGCUAAUGAACAUGUUAUACAGGUUAUAGAACUGGAACAGCCAACCAAGUUGUCGGAUCCGAUGUAUCCGGAAACCUUUCCAUUGCCUUAUGAUGACGAUGAAAGUGAACUGCUUUUGAAACCACAGGAUUCAUCUCAUUUAGAAAGCAUUGAUUUGGCAACCGAGGACGCCUCAGCAGGGAAUUCUCUUGGUGGUAAAGGAGAUGAAAAGAAAGCGAAAGACAGCAAGAGUUCAACGCUUAACAAAAUCGGCAAUCUAUUGAGUGUAAGCACCAAGAAAAAGCGAUGGUUCAGCAGCUUCAGGUUUUGUCAUUUUCGAAUGCCACGUAGGAAUGUUAAGGGCUGCAUCAACCACGUCGAGGAGGCAAGCAAUACCGGCUGCAAUUAGUUGAUUAUAAACUUUAUACAAUUUUAUACACUGCUUUUGUAUAAAAUACACACUUUCGUCAUACUUCAA